UGUAUAUGAGGUAUAUAACGCAAUUUUCAGUCAUCGUCCUCCCUCCUUCGUCUGAACCCGCGGAGGAGCUCGAUCCAAAGAGACUAGAAGAUGACAGCUCCGCAAGUUAAGACCGGUUUGUUCGUUGGGUUGAACAAAGGACAUGUUGUCACCAGACGCGAAUUAGCUCCUCGUCCUCGUUCUCGCAAAGGAAAAACUAGCAAGAGGACACUCUUUAUCAGAUCAUUGAUAAGGGAAGUUGCUGGUUUUGCUCCCUAUGAGAAGAGAAUUACUGAGCUUUUGAAGGUUGGUAAAGACAAGCGUGCUCUUAAGGUUGCUAAGAGGAAGUUGGGAACCCACAAGAGAGCCAAGAGGAAGAGAGAGGAGAUGUCAAGUGUUCUCCGCAAGAUGAGGUCUGGUGGUGGUGGUGGUGGUGUAACUGAGAAGAAGAAGUGAGCAUCAGCAUUUUGUCAUUCUUAUUGCAAUACCAUAAUAUGAUUCUUCAGCUUCCCCUUAUAAUAUGUUUUGUUAGAAUUUUGGAUUUAAAGAGUCUUUUACCCCAGUUCAAGACAAGUGAUUGUGCGUUUAAACUUGUUGCCUCCUAUUUUGAUCAUUUAAUUCUUCUUAA